AUGCUGCAGAUGAGCACAAAAAUAAGUUUCUCGCUCUUUUUGGAGGUUUUUGGGACACUUUUGGGGCUUCUCUUUUUGCAGGGAGGCGCCUGGUGGGUCUUUGCCUGCAUGUCUUUUCUCUCUACAGCCCUCAUCCUCAGCAUAUGGAGAAUGGAUCCGGGGAGGCUCGCCCAGAGGAAUUCCGAGUACUACGAGCACACCCUGUUCAAGGAGUAUAUGUGCAGAAACGUCCUCGAUGAGGGAGAAAUUGUGGGAAGAUCCUUUGAGAGAAAGGGAGCUCGUAUGCACUCGGAGAUAUUCUGCCGGACUUGCGGCGUGUUUCGGGCCCUUGGGACUUCGCACUGCAGGGAGUGCAACAGGUGCGUUUCAGAAAUGGACCAUCACUGCAUCUGGCUGAAUAACUGCAUAGGGGAGAGAAACUACCCGUAUUUCAUGAAUCUUCUCUCCCUGGAAGUUGCCAGGUCAGGGAUUGCAAUUAUUUUUAGGUUUAAUCAGGAUUUUCCAAAAAUGGAAUUUACCGUUAUGUCCGUUUAUUUCUACUAUACGCUCUUUGCGACGUGCCUUCUGGGGGCAUUCAUGGCCGCGCUCUUUGCAUACUUCCUCUUGCUAAACAUGCGGGGAAGCACCUCCCGCGCGUUCUGCAAGAGGAAAAGAACGAUCGCCCAGGAGAAGAAGGCGAUAUAG